GUGCGCGUAUUAAUUUCUAUUUGACAAUAAUUUUUUUCUCUUCCCCCGUUUGGGAAAAUCAUUAACGCGGUGAAGAUAGUUAACGGCUGAGAUUUCUUAAGAGCAAUGGAGAGAGCGAUAACACCAGAGAGCAAGCGCCGCGUUCGCGCAACCCUGGACGAGAUCUCCGCACGCCUGGAUCGCCUCCAUUCUGAGGUCUUAGUGCCGCUCUUGAAUGCGAGGGAUCGCAGGUCAACUUCCACGCCCAGCCAUCAGAGCCGGGCCUCCUCGCCCCGCAAUGAAACAGUUAACCAGCAGAGAGGUCGUGAAUGUCUUCAUAUCUCGAGGUCGCCGGAAAAUGAAUUAACAAGAAAUUCCACGACUGACGACGACGUUGAAAUAUUUGGGUGGACCUCACCUCUUCCACCGCCGUCAACAAACUCGGUCUGCUUUUCUCCGCCCACUUCAACAGCCACUUCAGAAUCUAGCCCACGGAAACGCGUGCGCUCUGAAUCUAUUGAUUCAGACUGGACAUCAGAGGGGACAGACUUCAGUGAUACUAGUGAAUCGCAAGAUAUCAGCACAAAUUGGCAAAUUGACUCAACACCGCCAAAUAAGAAACCAAGACUGGAGAAAGCAAUAAAAUAUAAUGGACCUUUAGAUGUUGCCCUGAAAGAUUUGAGGCCGAAUCAACUGAUUGAUAUAAUUAAAUCUGUCAUGGACAAACAUCCAGACAUCGAGGACGAGGUCAGAACAAACAUGCCGGCCCCAGACUUGUUGCCGCUCGAGGAAAGGUUUUUCCAUUUAAGAUGGAAUAUUGUGAAAUUGUUGUCAACACCGGGAAUGAAUUUUGAAUACGGUUCGCUGGCUUACUUUCACGCACGUAGCCACUUAGAAGCUUUCAACAAGUAUUUAGUGGAACAGGGGAAAGUCCUGUUGGAUUCUCAACAAUGGAAGUCUGUUAUUGAAUAUGUGUUGUUAGCCUGGAAAUAUGUUAGAGCUAUAUCUAUAUGUGAUCGUCACAUACAUAUUCCCUACAGAGCGCUGUGCUUCGAAAGGCUGUCUGCUUUUUGCAUGACGGCUCUCGAAAAAGGAUAUUUUGAUAGGGAUCUAUUGAUUGAUACUCAAUAUGAGCUACAACGCAUGAUUGUUGAUUGUGAAGACAUCGAAUCAUGUAUAGAGAAAAUUGAAGAAGAACUCUCGUAUUUGUGAUUACUAUUGUACCUAAUGUUUAAGGAAUUGCCUUUUAUAUUUGUCUAUUAGUAUUUGUAAUUUUUUUAUUUUUUAUUUGUAUGUAUUAAUUUGUAUCAAAUAUGAUGAUUUUUUUGUAAUUUAUAUCUCUUCAUUUUUUGUAUUAGUAAUAGAUAGUAGGAAUAAAGGCCUUGUAUUACUAUGCAUUUGAUGUAAUACUUGUAUUAGUUUUAUUACAAUGUAGUUGUGAAAAAUGCCAAAAGUAUUAUUUUGUAUGUAAGAGUAAUGAUUUUUGUAAACUCUACAAAUGUAUGUAAGUACAUGAGUGUAUAUAUUUCGAGAGUUACUAUUAUAAUUAGACAAGACUGAUAUAAAAUAAAAUACUAAAAGAAAAUUUAAAUGAACUAUAAUUAGGAAGUCACCUAUGAAAAUAUUUUUGGCUAGCUAGAUCUCGACAAUUGUAAUAUUUAAGAUUUGUGUUUUUAUGUCAACAAUAUGUCAAAUAAUAAUUUAAAGGUCUCUCAUCGCAAAGAGAACACAGUAUUGUAAUAGAAACAUAAGGGUAGAA